AUGGUGCAAUGGGUUGGAGAUGUAUUACUGUUUGAUGUGACUUUUGCACCAUUUUGGUUGGAGAUGUACACCUUUGAUUUCUUAUCCUUCGUCUCUGUAUUUCUAAAAGUGAAGUUGCUGAAAACAUUCAUGAAGUGGGUGCCAGAACUCUGUCGCGUUGCCCCAUAUGUUCCAAUUGUUCUUGUUGGAACUAAGCUAGGUCUUCGUGAUGACAAGGGCUACCUCUCUAUCCAUCCAGGUGCUUCUGUUAUUACACCUGCACAAAGCAAGGAACUUAGGAAGAAAAUUGGCGCCACAGCUUAUAUUGAAUGUAGCUCUAAGACACAACAGAAUGUCAAAGCAGUUUUUUAUACUGCCAUCAAAGGUAGUACUAUGACCUCCUCGAAGGAAGGAAGUGCUGCCCAAGAAGAAAGCUAGAAGAAGCUUUGGUUGCUCGAUGAUAAUGAAGGUUGUGAGGUUAUGGAUGGUGAAGGGGAGAAUAUUUUGGAUAGAAUCAAUUGAAAGGAGACAAAGCAUUGGGAGAGACUUAAUGAAGGAAGAACCCAUCUUGAUAAUUAAUGGGCCCGCCAUAAUCUUUAUCAUUCAAAUUUUAAUUAUUUAUGGUUUAUUGCUUCACUAUCAUAAGUCUUUGAAUAGGUUUUUAUUUGUUAGAUUUGUAUUUCAGUUAAGAAUUGUAGGAUGUGGAGAAGUUGUGAACCUUAUAAAUUGUCUAAACUUAAAGUUUUAUAGUUGAUUAUCACUUCAUUAAAUUUAUUGACAAAGCUUGUAUCGAGCACACAUCAAUUUUUAA